AUGGCGUCAUUAGCUAUUAAAGUUAAAAGUAAAAACGGCCAGCAGAUAUUAAAAGACUUGACCUCUGAUAGCACCGUGGGUGAACUAAAAAUGUUUCUCUCUAGCCUUACAGAUGUAAGCUGCGAGAAUAUUAGCGUUUUAUUAGGCUAUCCACCUAAACCUUUAGACAUUAGUAAUAAUGAUAAAAAAUUGUGUGAGAUAGGAUUGAAAACUGGCGAAACAUUAAUUAUUGAAGAGAAAUCUGUGUCUGUCGGAGAGAGUACACCUCAAGCUAGUAAAGAUAAACCAAUCGAAAAUGGAAUUGUGUCACACGAAAAUCAGACACCUUGUAGACCUGGUAUUUUAAUGAAGAAAGUUGUUCCUUCAGAUAAUUCUUGUCUUUUUACUAGUAUAGGGUUUGUGUUAAAUGGCAAUGUGGAUACAACGGUCCAUACUCUUAUGCGGCAAAUUAUUGCUAUGGAAGUGGCUAGUGACCAUGAGACUUACAAUGAGGCGAUGCUAGGGAAGCCCAAUGCUGAAUAUUGUGCUUGGAUUCAGCAGCCAAGCUCUUGGGGUGGAGCUAUUGAGGUAGCAAUUUUAUCUAGAUUUUAUGGCUUGGAAAUGGCUGUUGUAGAUACAUUAAAUGCAAUAAUCAAUAGAUUUGGAGAAGACAAAAAUUAUGGGCAGAGAGUAUUUUUAUUGUUUGAUGGAGUGCACUAUGAUCCAUUAUAUUUGGAGCAAUCUGAUGGUGGAAUCCAAACUGUAUUCCCUGCUGAAGACUUGGAAAUUUACAAAGAAGCCGAGCAACUUGCUAAGGAAGCAAAAUCUUCUAGACAAUUCACAGACUUGAAUAAGUUCACUUUGAAAUGCCAAAUCUGUGACAAGCUCCUCACCGGUCAGGUUGAGGCGCAGAAACAUGCUAAGGAAACAAUGCACGCAAAUUUUGGGGAAGUCUAGCAUUCGCUAAAAGAACCAAAACGGACAUUUUUAACAUCACUAAAUAAGAUGCUACAAAAAUUUCUUCAAGCUCAUAAUUAGAUUGUUACAAUAAAAAAUAUAUUUGAGCAAAUGUGUAAUUAGUUAUUAACAAAGAGAUUUAAUAAUAUAUACAACAGAGAGGCCAUUAGAGGAUUUUUAUACACAUUACUUGAUCUUAUGAGCUAGUAACACCAUGUUAUUAUAAAUAGAAAAACAAAAAUGUCAUUUAUUUUUACAUGACUGUGCUUAUCGGUACAUAUUUGUGAAGAAUGUUACAAACAUAAAUAGAAGAGCCUAGAAUUUUCAAAUGUAUUCAUGAGAUUUAUGCUGCAGAUGACAAUUCUUUUUAAUGUCCAUUGUGAAAACGUACUUCAUUACAUCAUAAAGAUUAUAAAUAUAAGCAAUAUUGCAAUAAAAUAAUUAUAUAUUUCAUGUUAAUAAUUGUUUUAGCUACUUAGUAAUAUAUACUUUAAAUACCAUGAUUAUUUUUUGAGACUGAAAUAGUUUUACAUAAACAAUUGUCUUAUAGUUUUUGUAAUAAGUUCUUGUUGAGUUCUGGAGUAAGUAAUAAAUAUAGUGAAAAUAAGAGGUUGAAAAUUAGUAAAUUCACCAAGUGCUGAUGUAGUAAGUACCGAAAUAACUGUUACACUUUGAUAAUUUUUUACGUGAUAUUUAUAGAAAAUAUAUUGGUGACAUUUUAAUGGAUUUGAUCAGUAGCAUUAAGAAAGAGUUAGAAAUGUAGCAAUUUGUAAUAUGUAACAUCAUUGUGCGUCGUCAACACCAUAUUUUUUUUAUAAUGACAAUAAAAUAAGUUUUGGUUCUGUAGUUAUAAAAAUAUUAUUUUCAUACCAUGCACACAUGCAUAUUUUAGCAAUUUUUUUGCACUUGUAAAGUGUUCGUACUAUUUCAAUGCAUAAUUUUAAUUUAAUAUUUAAUUAUCGCUAAUUAGCUUCAACUAUUUUUACAUUUUACCUAAACAUCGUUAUUGAUAUGUUCUAAUUAAUUACAUGAAAUAUUUGGUUUUAUCUGGGAAAGUUGAAUUGGAAAUGCAAAUAAACAACAUCAUUUUAGUA